UCCCUCUAUUCUCAGAUUUUCCAAUGCUUCUUUUGAUGAAAACGAAAGCAAACAAAAUCUGAAAAAACUCUUUCUUUUCCAGUUUCCACUUUCCUCCGUGACAGUCACGUGUGACAACAUGCCAUUUUCACUUCUCGUACUUUGCUUUAUUACCCUUUUGUCACUUUCACAUGAAAAAUCUCAACCAAUCCAAUUAUCAACUCCUCAUAUCAUAUCAACGCUAACCCAUUUUCCAAGUUUCUAACUUUCAUCUAAACUAAUCAUCAAGUUUCAUUUUUUUCUUUUGUUUUUGUUCUUUCUACUUCAAUGCUCUUACUCUAGUAGCUACUGCAUUUGUUCAAUAUUGUUGUAGAAAUUAGAAAUGGAUGGUGAAUACAACUUUUCUUCGGUGUCCUUAACAUCAAAACCUUUGAUGGAGAAACUAAUGAGUCCCAAGUCACCUCUUCCAGAGCUUGUGGAUUUUCAUGGGAAGCGGAAGCAGAUUGUUAAGAUUCAAGUUUUGGAGAAAGAAAUUGGUUUGCUUCAGGAAGAGUUAAAAUCUUUGGAAGGCCUUCACCCAGCUUCUAGAUGCUGCAAAGAGCUUGAUGCCUUCGUAGACUCUAUUUCAGAUCCUUUCACACUCAACAGAGGAAAGCACACGUUAAUCUCUGAAUCCUAUUACUUCGGGAAGCAGAUCAGUUUUCCAUGGAAAUGUUGCUCUUGUAGUUGCCUUCUGGACAAGAAAAUUGGAAAAGGUGGCUGUUCAUCAUCCAAAUCCAAAUGUUCUGGCAGCAGCUGCUUGAAGACUAGGUCUACACUGUCCAAAAUUGUUGCUAAGUUUUGAAAUUAUUAUAAACUCUGGCUGUUGUUUGUGCUAUUGUUGCAAAUUUGAUGUGGAGACCCAUGUUUUAUUUGUUAGAAUUAUUAGGUAUUGUUAUACAUGUUAUCAAUAACUGAAAAAUAUCAUAAGCUCAAGUAGAAAACAUCCAACAUAAUUAAAUUUGAUUA